ACAGAAUCAGGGCUUUCUAUGGUUGACUGGCACCUGGUGAAAGAGAUGAAACCCCCGAGAACACAGCAGGAGUGGGAAGCUGAGUUCCAGAAGUACCAGCAGUUCCCGGAGUUUAAAAUCCUGAAUCAUGAGAUGACGCUGACAGAGUUCAAGUUCAUUUGGUACAUGGAGUAUUCGCACCGUAUGUGGGGCCGCGUUGUGGGUUUGGCCUACAUACUGCCUGCCGCCUACUUCUGGCGAAAGGGCUGGCUCAGCCGCCCCAUGAAGGGCUGCGUUCUUGCGCUCUGCGGGCUGGUCUGCUUCCAGGGACUUCUGGGAUGGUACAUGGUGAAGAGCGGACUGGAAGAGAAGCCAGACUCGUACGACAUUCCUCGGGUCAGUCAGUACCGUCUCGCAGCACAUCUUGGCUCUGCACUGGUUCUGUACUCUGCUAGCCUGUGGACGGGGUUGUCUUUGCUGCUCCCACGACACAAGUUACCCGAGACCCAUCAGCUUCUUCGCCUGAGGCAAUUUGCUCAUGGCACUACAGCUCUCAUUUUCCUUACUGCUCUUUCAGGUGCCUUUGUGGCAGGGCUGGAUGCCGGCCUUGUGUACAAUUCCUUCCCCAAAAUGGGGGAGCGCUGGAUCCCGGAUGAUCUCCUUGCCUUCUCCCCCAUGCUGAGAAAUAUCUUUGAGAAUCCUACAACUGUACAGUUUGAUCACAGGAUCUUGGGGAUCACCUCAGUCACAGCUGUCACAGCUCUGUACCUCUUCUCGCGGAAGAUCCCACUCCCUCGCAGGACCAGGAUGGCAGUGACUUCCUUAUUGGCUGUGGCUUGCAUGCAGGUGGGCCUGGGCGUCAGCACCCUGCUGCUGUACGUCCCCACGCCUCUGGCCGCCACACACCAGUCGGGCUCCCUGGUGCUGCUCAGCAUGGCACUCUGGCUCAUGAGCGAGCUCCGGCGGGUCCCCAAGUAACCCGCCGGAGGGAGAGCCCUCCCGGGGGAGCUGGGCCCGGCGGCGGCCGAGACCCCGCACCCACCCCGGGUGCACGGCAGGGAUGUGCACCCAGCCGGGCUGCGCGCAGGGAGGAGGCGGCGGGUGCGAGUGCGAACUUUGUAACAUAAAGGAGUU